AUGCCAUCGCGCUCCCCUUCGACUGUGGCAGGCAGCACCAACCCGAAUGACGGAGAGCUUUACUCAGAGCAACCAUCUGCGUUUACGGUCAAUGAUAUACUGGAUGCAUAUGGAAGUCCAACGGCAGGAAUUCCUGAAAGCAAUGUAAAAGAGGAAGAAGUUACGCAAUCUUCUGGUGACAACGUUCAAGACAAAAAACAAAGUUUCACCUUGAGGGGAUCUUCUUCAAAAACACCAGCUAAUCGAAAGAGCAUUAAAAGUCAUGCAGAUAUUCCUGUUAGGAAACCUGAAUCGGAUACCAGGUCGGAAGCAUCUGGUUUGGGUGAUGAACCUGCCAGAUCAUACAGUUGGGCCUCGCAUGAAAAUACACCCUUAACUGCUGAGCCUGUUGUAAUUGAUCGACUACAUACUUUUCGACAGGUAAUCCGGAAAUGGUUCCAAAAUGUUAAGGAGGAUCAAAAGAAGGUCGACUCAACCGGACUACAAGAGCUGAGUGCGUACUCAAAGAUGAAGGGACUUCAGAAUCUUUUCCACAAGCUGAAAUAUCGAGUGUCAUCUCCUUAUCGUAUUCCAAGGGUACAUGAAGAUGCACAUGCUUUGAAUGAAACUGAAGAAGUGAACCAUGCCGACGACGGAACCCAGGCAAUCCGUGACCUGUUGGCGGCUCGCAUGAAGACCGCUGUUAUAAGAAUCGCUCCACAUCGUGAGAGCUCUGACUUACUGAACUUCGAGGUGGACCUGGAAGUGUGA